UAGUUGUUUUGGGGGGGCUAACUGAGCAGGUGAGCUCGUGAGAUCAAACCCGGUUUUUAAAGUAAUUAAAGAGUCCGGUGAUGGCCGCGGUUCUCGCGGACCCGUCCCGGGCUCCGGUGGCCUUCGGGCUGCGGGCCGUACCGCAGCUGUUCGCCGAGCUGCAGCAGCCGGAGUCCGGCAGGAGGCAGCGGGCUCUGGCUUCACUCUGCGACCUGAUGCACGACCCGGAGCGGCUCUACCAGACCGUGACCGGGGGUUUUCUGGAGCAGCUGAAGGUUUUGUUUAAGGACGAAGAUCCUUCAGUCAGAACUCAAACCUGCGAGCUGCUUCACCUGCUGACCGCCCACAGCAUCGGCAGACAGGCGCUGCUCUCCUCCUCCCUCCUCCCUCCUCUCUCUCAGCUGUUGGACGACGACUCGUCCUCCUGCAGGAAGAACGUCCUCCGAGUCAUGAACCGCCUCGCGCUGCUGCCUGCAGGCGCUGAAGCUCUGCUGACUCUGGUUCCUAAACUGAUGCUGAAGCUCAGACCGGAGGAGGAGGAGGAAGAGGAGGAGGAAGAGGUGCAGGUGCUGCUCCUCUCCACCCUCAGCCGCUGCUCCAGGCUGGACGCCCUGCCGGCUCUGGCCUCUGACGGCGUCUCGCUGCUGGGCCACAAACUCUCCCACCGCUCCCCGAACAUCCGCAGGGAGGCGGCUGCAGCCAUGAUGGCGCUCAGUGUUUGUGAGGACGGGAAGCGGCAGGUGUGCGAGGAGGCGGUACUUCCUGUCCUAGUCGACCUGCUGCGGGACGAAGACAUCGAGGUUCAGGCCAACGCUGCGGGAGUCAUCAUGAACACCGUGAUCAUCACCACGGGGAAGCGGCGGUGUCUGGAUCUGGGCGUCCUCCCCGUCCUCCUCGACCGGGCGUCCAAGCGCAAAGAGGACGAGGAGGAGAAGGACGAGGAGAGGAGGAGGAGGAGGAAGGCCCUCGUCAUGUACUCCCUGCGGGCUCUGACCUCGCUGGCCGAAGCUCCAGACGGACGCCGCCGCCUGCUGGAGCAGCUCCCCCUGCUGGAGAGGAGGAGCGAGGCUGCAGGGGAGGACCAGGACGUCCGACGGGCCGCUCAGACCGCCAUCAGGGUCAUCACCUGGACUCCCUGAGACACUUCUGAACUCCACAACAGACCUCCGUUAAUAAGAUGACAAAUAAAUAAUAACUCAUUA